AUGGCGAAUUUAUCUAUAUUCCUCUGUGUGUUUCUUGCCAUUGCUAUUGCUUGCUGCUGUGGCCAAAGUGCGUUAGCAUCUCACGAUCACACUGGAAAGAAGAAGCCCAGGGAUGGGGACCGGGAUUGGUCGCCCAAGCAUUCACCACCAUCACACAAGGCUCCAAAGGCUCCAAAGGUUAGAUCUCCUCCUCUGUUUGAAGAUGAAUCUCCUCCGCCACCCCAUCAUGCUCCAAAGGCUCCGAAGGCUCCAAAGGUUAGAUCUCCUCCUCCGUUUGAAGAUGAAUCUCCUCUGCCACCCCAUCAUGCUCCAAAGCCUCCGAAAGCUCCAAAGGCUCCAAAGGCUCCAAAGGUUAGAUCUCCUCCGCCAGCCAAGGCUCCUCCUCCCCCUUCUGUCACGCUACCACGGUCGCCGCCACCACCCAGCUCGUCACCGCUCACUGGCAAAGAGUUUAACGUCAAGAACUAUGGAGCUGUCGGCGAUGGAAAGCACGAUGAUGCCCAGGUGGAUGGAACUCUGCAUGCCAUCCCAAGGAGUGCGUGGCUGUCCAAGUUUUCCUCCGAGAAAAGCUGGCUCCUGUUCACUAAGGUGACGGACUUCACACUGACUGGCGGAACUUUCAACGGCAACGGCCAAGAUUGGUGGGCUCAUUCCUGUAAGAAAGACAAAAGCCAGGCUGUGAGGUUUGAGGACAGCAAGAACAUCAAGGUGGAAGGCAUCACCAUAACCAACAGUCCCCAAAUCCACAUUACGUUUUCGGACUCUCAAGCCAUCCAGGCAACAGACGUGGUGAUAAACUCUCCAGAAAGCAGCCCAAACACCGACGGUAUUCACGUUUCAGGGAGCACUAAUGUUGUAGUUAGAGACGCAGACAUCUCUGCCGGUGACGACUGCGUGUCGAUUGUUUCUGGGAGCUCCAACAUCCAGGUUUUGGGCGGGCGAUGCGGCCCUGGUCACGGCAUCAGCAUCGGAAGCCUUGGCAAGGGCGGGUCUUACGCCACCGUUUCCAACGUUCAAGUCUCAGGUGUCAAGAUCGACGCGGCCACAAAUGGCGUACGGAUCAAGACAUGGCAGGGUGGCAAAGGUUACGUGAGCAAUGUGAUAUUUGAAAAUAUCAGCAUGGACAACGUGAAGAACCCGAUCAUUAUCGAUCAAAACUACUGCGAUGGCGGCUGUGGCAAGAAGCGGGGGUCGUCUCUAACAAUCCAGGGAGUUACGUACUCGAAUAUCGUGGGCACUUCGGCAUCUCCGGACGGAAUCAACUUGCACUGCAGCUCAAGCGGCGCAUGCACGAACAUCCACUUCAGCAAUGUCAAGCUGACCCUGGGCAGCUCUGGAAAGGCGGCUGGAGCGGUUUGCGAGAAUGUUCAAGGCUACACCUCAGAUUGCAGAAGUUCAAGUUAG